AUGAUGUCUUUCAUCAGUUUAGUCUGUUUUAUACUCUUACCUUCGAUAAAUCCUCAACUUCAAAUCAAUCUUCAUUUAACCGAUUGGACAAGUAAUACUGAAACUAAUGUUGAUUUGCAACAUGAUUGUCUUCAUGUUCCUACUCAUUUGAUUGAAGAUAAUAUUCAAUAUCAUCAAGUCAUUUCAUAUUGUAUGGGUGAAUGGCCUUCAAAAUGGAACAUAGAAGAAAACAGUUUUGAUCAAAAUUACAGUUUUUCUCAACUUAAAAUGCUUAAUGUUACUAGUCAACAAUUAUAUCUUUGGUCAGCUCCAAUGGAUAUUGUUGAAGAAUAUGAAUCCUAUUUGAAUCAAAGUUUAUUUUCAAAUCAAUCAUUAGCAUUAAUGGCAACACAGUUAUUCUAUAAUUGUACACUACCAAGAUUUGGAUCUGUAUGUCAAUAUUCAUUAGAUAUUUCGACUUCUUCUUUUGCUUCAUCACUGAAAGAAAUCAUUCAUGAUUUUUAUUUGCAAGAAUAUGAACCAUCGACUUGGACAUGUUAUACUCAUUUAGAAUGUAAUCGUGGUACAAGUACAGCUUGUCUUGAUUGGACUGAAAUUUGUAAUGGUCAUAUCGAUUGUCUCAAUGACGGAAUUGAUGAAAAACACUGUUGGCAACUUGAAAUCAAUGAUUGUGAAGAAAAUGAAUAUCGAUGUAACAAUGGAGAAUGUAUAUCAAAGAUGUUUUAUCGAGAAGGCCCACACCAUUUCGAUUGUAUUGAUAGAAGUGAUGAAGACUAUAAACGAUUCAAUAGUACUUAUCUUUCACAAGAACCAAUACUUAGAUUUGAAGAUAUUACAUGCGACAAAAAUGCCCGCAUGAACACCCAUAUCUAUUUUACAACCUCAUGUGUAUCUAAUCGAAAUAAUCUUAUCUUAGAAGACAUGUUUCUGAACAAACCAAAUUCAACAUCUGAUGAAUGUUGGCUUGCAUUCAGAUGCCAAUUUAAUAUUCCUCAUUAUGCAGAUCCAAUAUGUGGCAAUAUGUGCAGCAAGAAUGGAAUAUGUCAAGAAAUUAUCAAUAACACAUGUCCCGAUAUAUUGUUUAUCCCAAAUGCUCCAUUAUUCUUUGGACAUAUUUAUUUCGCUUACACAAAAGAAGAUGCAGUACAGGUACCUGGUACAAUUUUUCCACCACCGUAUGUAUGUUAUAAUGAUCAAUUAUGCGGUGGAUUUUACACAAAUGCAGCAUUAUUAACAUAUAAUAAUCUAACCUGUCGUCGUCCUGAAGAUUUUCCAUUUAGCUAUUCUACUAUAGGAAGAAAUGAUUGGUUAAAGGCAUAUGUUAAACCUCUUUACACAAAAUUGUAUAAAUGCAACACAAUUAUUCAUAAUAUUUCCAUAGUUUGUAACAAUUCAAUCAUGUAUCAAUGUAUUAACUCGUCCAAAUGUAUUUCAAAAGAACGUAUUGCUGAUGAUUUCAUAGAUUGCGAUUAUGGAGAUGAUGAAGAUCCGAUUGUGAUCUAUGAUAUUUGUUUAAAAAAUGAAUCUAAAACGCUUUUUAAAUGUUCAACAAUAACUCGAUGUAUUCAUUAUCAAAAAAUAAACAAUGGUUAUUGUAAUUGCGACCGUAAUGAAUAUGGUUUGUGUGAUGAUGAAGAUGCAGAAUGUCGAGCUGUUGGAACACAUUUAUCAUUUCCGAUUGUUUGUGAUGGUUUUACCGACCUUUUUCCUGUUAAUAUCGACGGACAGAAUGUAACAGAUGAAACUGAAUGUGAACUAUGGCAAUGUAAUAAUACGUAUACUCGAUGCGAUGGCAUCUGGAAUUGUUUUAAUGGAGCUGAUGAAGUUCAUUGUAAUACAUCGGUAUCAUUCAGUUGCCCAUCCAAUCAUCAUAUAUGUAUUUCGCCAAGUACGAAUCAACUUACAUGUUUAUCCCUUGCCAAAGCGAACGAUGAAAUUAUCGAUUGUUUGGGUGCCACUGAUGAGCCAAAUUUAUGCCGAUCAACCGGUUAUGCCCCAAGCCAAAUCAAGUUUUACUGUCUCGAUGAUAGCUCUUCACUUUGUGUAAUGUCUGAAUUUCUUUGUGACGGAUAUAAAAACUGCAUCAACGGAGAUGAUGAACAGUUUUGUUCUCCAACACGAAAUGUUUCCAUUCAUCGUGGUAUUUGUAAUGCUGAAUAUGAUGGUAGCCGUUCUGAUGUCGAAAUUUUUUUUUGUGAACACGUGCAUCUUGAGCGUAACAGAAAACCUGUGCAUUUUUCGUUGGAUGCAACCGAAUUCAACAAAGUCAAAAACGCAAUACAUAAACUUACAUAUGGCAUUAAAGCUAUUUGUGAAGACGUGGGUGUUUGGCAUAAAAAACAAGGUGUACAUUCUCCACUGGAUACAAUCAAAAUCAACAAAGACAAAAACACAAUACACUCAAUUCCAUCUGACACAGAAUCUAUUGUUUAUCAUGAUCGGUACCGUUGUCAUCGUGGUCUUCCUUUACGUAUCUGGCUAAGUCGAGAGAAUAAUUUGACUAAUAUCACGUGUCUUUGUCCACCAAGUUUUUAUGGUAACAUCUGUCAAUAUCAAAACCAACGAGUUAGUCUGACGAUGAGAUUUCAAGCAUAUUCACAUUCUCGGCGAACAGUUUUUGCUCUUGUCAUUACACUUAUCGAUGAUAGUGACAAACGAAUUAUUCAUUCACAUGAACAAUUCACUUAUUUGUACUUUCGGGAUUGUCGAGUGAAAUUUAACGUUUAUCUACUUUAUUCUACUCGACCAAAAAAUGAUACACAAAAUUAUUCGAUACAUAUUGACAUCUAUGACAAGAUUUUAUUAACUUAUCGAGGAAGUUUAUUAAUACCACUUAAAUUUCCUUUUUUACCUGUACAUCGUAUUGCUGUUCAUCUUAAUAUUCCACGUAUAAAUGACGAUAUUCAAAGUUGUACAAAUCAAACAUGUGUACAUGGUCAAUGUAUGAUAUAUUCAGAAGAUUCAAAAGGUACUCCAUUUUGUCAUUGUAAUGAAAGAUGGUCUGGCAAACACUGUACUAUACCAUAUACUUGUACAUGCUCAUCUGAUUCAUUAUGUGCUGGUAUAUUAGCAAACAAUCGAUCUAUUUGUGUUUGUCCUAUAAACAAAUUUGGUCCUCGAUGUUUACUUAAUCAUACAGUGUGUCAGUCUAGUCAGAAUAAUACAUGUAAUAAUGGUGGCGUAUGUAUGCCUAUAGAUGAACAUAUGCAAAUAGAUGACAAGAAAUUCUUUUGCAUAUGUGCGAAAGGUUUUACUGGAAAACGUUGUGAAAUACCUGAUAACAAAAUGAUACUAUCAUUCCAUAAACAUAUUCAAUUAUCACAAACAUUUAUUAUUCAUUUUAUUGAAUUAAUCAACAAUAGUUCUCCUAAGAACAGCAGUACUCUCAGUAGGAUUCCUAUUUAUCAAAAGACGAUUACUAUUUAUGGGAUAUAUCCAUUUCAUAUUGCUUUUGCUCAACUUUUCGAUAAAGAUUUUUAUCUAAUUACUGUUCAAAAGAUAUACAAUCUAUCAUCAACAUUGGAGAAAACAAUUAUUCCAUCAGAUCGCUGUAGACAUAUAAGUGAAGUAUUGAAUGAAACGAUCGUUCUAUUACAUCCAAUUCGUCGUAUUAAAUAUUAUCAUCUGCCAUGUAAUGAAACAUCACCAUCUUUACCUUGUUUUUUUGAUGAUAUUCAUUUUUGUUUAUGCACUGAUUUUAAUCAUCAACGGAUCGCCAAU